AUGGAAAACCGGAGUUCAGUUGCCAGAUUGCAGCCCGACUCGUCGGGACUUCAGGCUGUCCUCGACCCGACCCUUGAGGUAACGCCUGGUGAUGGAAUGAUCCUCGUCAGCUCCGAAGGGCUUGCAAAGCCGGAAGAGCAGUCCCAGUCCGCCACGCUCGUGCCAACUGAGGAGAAUAUCAGCGAAGCGCAAAAGAAGCCACGGCGGCGACGAUACUACAUCAUCGGCGCCGUCGCCGCCGCCCUCAUUAUUCUUGGAGCCGUCUUAGGCGGAGUUCUCGGCUCAAGAAAAAAAGCUCAAACAGAAGUUUAUUCUAUGACCACGGCUGAACAAGUACCAAGCCACUCGCGUCUUGCAUUCUCUUCGUGGCAUGAUUCCACGGGGUUCGUGAGACACAUAUUCUACCAAGAGGCGAACGGGACACUCCAAUCAUGUAUGUCCAGGGGCGUGUCUCCUGACUUGGAGUCUAUAGAGCGCACUCCAUGGGGCCGGGAGACGAACCUCAGUCCCGACUACCGAGCACAAAAUAUGUCGGGGCUCGCCACAGGCCUGACAAUUCAAGAUUCCAACGGCAAUGGGAAUGGGAAAGCUCUUCAAGUAGAGGCAUUUUAUCUCAAUACCACAAACUUCGUCAAUGGUAUAGUUUACGGCCGUUCCUUCCAAUAUAUCGGCGACAGCAUCAAUUACAAAGACUACCAAGCCUUGGAGGGAAGCAGUUUAGCCGCGUACUGGCCCUAUGUCUUGUUCCAAUCCCGCGUCGGGCAACUCCAGAUAAGCAAAUAUGCCUCCGGCUGGACCACACAGAUGUCGUCAAUAAGAGCGAGGCACAGAUCUGUCAUCGCCGUCGUCCCCACGUCCAGGAACUACACGGAGGUUUCAACUGCGGGACGAAUAGCAGUCUUUUACGCAAGUAGCAACAAUCUGUUGAGUGUGUGGGAAGAUCCUCUGGGCAUGGGCCAAGGUACAAAGUUUGCGAAUCAAACCGCGUGGAACUCAUCAUUCCCCAAAAUUCUCCUAUACCCCUCUUCGUCGUUAGCAGCACUCGCAGUGGCAGCGUCGAGUGAUGACGCAGACAGUAAAAUACAUACAUUUGUGUUGUAUCAAGACCAGGAUAGCAAAAUCCAACAACUACGGCGAGAAGGGGCGGGGAACGACUGGCAAAUGUCCACACCUGGUGCCUUCAACAAUGCUGACAAUUUAACGAGCAUAGCGUGCGUCACAGGCCCAACAUGGAUAAAUGGAUUUACACCUGAUGAUAAGCCAAACGAGGUGACGGACCCUGAUAGACUGCUUGAACCAGCAUCGAACCUAACCAGGUGCGUGUUCCUAAGCGGCGGCCAUUUAAUGGAGACACGAUUAGAUGGGGUGGACUGGGCACCCCCGACGCCGGUCGACUGU